GCUCUGUUCCUGAGGCCUGAGCUGAGACCUUCACUCGAGCUGAGAGCACACAAGUCAACUAGGAUCCUCGUUUCUUUGGUUCUCUAUCCACGGGAAGGGAGCGAGAGAUGGGCAGGCAACCGUGCUGCGAGAAGGUCGGUCUCAAGAAGGGGCCAUGGACCGCGGAGGAGGACCAGAAGCUGGUCACCUUCCUCCUCACCCACGGCCAUUGCUGCUGGAGGCUCGUCCCCAAGCUUGCAGGGCUACUGAGGUGCGGGAAGAGUUGCCGGCUGAGGUGGACGAACUACCUGAGGCCGGACCUCAAGAGGGGCCUCCUUUCGGAGCAGGAGGAGGAGCUAGUCAUCGAUCUCCACGCGCAGCUCGGCAACAGGUGGUCCAAGAUCGCGGCGCGGCUCCCCGGGAGGACGGACAACGAGAUCAAGAACCACUGGAACACCCACAUCAAGAAGAAGCUCAAGAAGAUGGGCAUUGACCCCGUCACUCACAGGCCACUCCACGCAGCUCAAUCCGACGAACCCCUGAUACAUCAGCAGCAGCAAGAUCCUCCGCAAGUGCGACAAGGACGCUGUGACGAGCCCAAGGCGUCGUCGCAAGGGCCCGCCGGCGCCAACGACGACGAGGAUGAGGAGGCUCCGGUGAGCGCCCAGCCGCAGGGCGCGGCCUCCCAUGCGUCCACAGCUGCUGCCGUGUCUCCAUCCGGCUCCUCGCCCGCAUCGGCCUCCGUCGCGACCCCUGGCGCGGACGUGGCUGCCUGCCCUGAUACCAUCGACCUCUUCGAAGUGGAUGUCAUCAUGGACAUGGACUGGGCAGGCAUCUUGUCCAGUUCCGGCGACGACGGCGCCGGCAUAAACGUCGAUCUGUUCGACCAUUACCCUGGCGAUGGCUUCGAUCAACAAGUCUGGAUGUGAUGCUGAUAACAGCUUGCUGGUAGGAAUAGAACGGUCGUGAUCAUCUCUGUUCCUGCAUGCCCUGUUUUCUCUCUCUUUUCUUUGAUUUCUUGCGUCGAUUCAAGUUCGUCCAUGUCCAUGCAUGCAUGGUUGCUGACGAGGAGAGAAGCCGGGUGUGUGGUUCGUGAAAAUUUGAGAAAAAAAGUGUAUUUGCGUCAAGCUGUUGAUCUCAUGGCGUGGGAUCAAUCCCUGUUCAAGAGCAAAGGUCAGGUCCUUCACUCAUGUACAGUUCAAGAAUGUGAAGUUUCUGAUGUGGCGUGCUAGCUUUCACGGUAUCUUCGAGUACAGUUU